AUGGCUGCCCGCUGUCCAGCGACGGUGUUCUUAUUUACCUUUCGUUUCUUAUCCUCCGUCAGGCCGACGGAGCAGAAAGAGUCGGUGUCAGGCGCCAUUCGGAAUCAAAUAUAACUCAGAGAUUCGGGUUAGAGUUCUUAUUUCCUCCGUCAGUUCGGACUCAGGCCGUUAAUGUCCCCGACAGCCUGAUUGGUUUCUCGGGUCAAGCUGCUCGUCAGUGUCCUGUCAUUGAUUGAGCUUCGGUCAGCGUGGUGAGCUAGCUACCUGCGAGGCUAACUCCUCUAGCAUCUCGUCCCUGUCGCUAUGUUCAGCCCCGUGAAGUCUUCUUACUUCCGAGUCAGCCCGGCCGCUGUCAACAGGGAGCUCGGGAAGACCAAGAUGAGAUAGCAUGAGGAGUCCGAGGGCUAACACACGGUUCACUGCGAGGCGGCGAGAACCCCACAGAACCACACGGUCAGAUACAAACCCCACAAACCCACCCGGCAUGUUCGGGAACCUGUUCGAGGAAGAGGAGGACGAGGGAGGCUCCUCUUCCACCCGCCUUCUCACAAAGGGGGGAGACGAGCCACCUCCAGCCCGAGGAAGGAGCGACCUGUGCGGCAUCAAGAACCAGGGAGGGACGUGCUACCUGAACUCUCUGCUCCAGACCCUGCUGUUCACCCCCGAGUUCAGAGAGGAGCUGUUCAGUUUGGGGCCAGAUGAGUUAGGAUGCCUGGAGGACAAGGAGAAACCAGGGGCCAAAGUCCGAUUGAUCCCACUGGAGCUGCAGAGACUGUUCUCCCGUCUGCUGCUGGUGGAUCAGCAGAGCGCCUCCACCGCCGCCCUCACUGACAGCUUCGGCUGGGACAGCAGCGAGGGCACAAAUCAACAUGAUGUGCAGGAGCUGAACAGAAUCCUGUUCUGCGCUUUGGAGCACUCUCUUGUGGGAACCAGUGGUAGUACAUUGAUUCACCGGCUCUACCACGGGACCAUUGUCAACAGCAUCGUCUGCAAGGAGUGUGGAAACGUCAGCCAGAGACAGGAGGACUUUCUGGACCUGACAGCAUGUGUUUGCGGCGUGAUGAGCCUGGAGGAGGCUUUGUGGAACAUGUUUGUGGAGGAGGAGUUGUUUGAAGGCAAUAACCUGUACCGCUGUGCACAGUGCGACAGGCUGGUCAGGGCGGCCAAGUCUGCGAAGCUGCAGAAGCUUCCUCCAUUCUUGACCAUGUCUUUGCUGAGAUUCAGCUUUGACUUUGCCAAAUGUGAGCGCUACAAGGAGACUGGACGCUAUGGCUUCCCCCUCAGCUUCAACCUGCGGCCAUUUUGUGAGCAGACUAGCAGAGACGACGCAGAUUACACCUACGACCUGUUCUCUGUGAUUAUCCAUAAGGGCGGCUGUUAUGGUGGCCAUUACCACGUUUAUAUCAGGGACAUUGACCAGCUCGGCCGAUGGGAGCCUCCGGAGGAAGACUGCAAAACUAAAACUCAGAGGAAAGUCAAGGAGGAGGUCAAGGAAGCGUUUGAGGCCAAACUCCAAGAAGACGACCCUGUGUCUGUCCUAACUGCUAUAAUCUGUCAGGAGCCAUCAAAGACUGUCAUGGUGGACCAACUGGGCCAGAAACUCAUGAAUAUGACCGGUUCAUCUUGGAACAAAAAGUUCAGGAAAACCUCUGGUCCCAUAGGAAAGUUCCUGCAGUCCCACAACGAUGUGUUUAUGAUGGUGUCCAAUGCCACCAAAGUAGCACUGAAGACCAACCUGCCCAGCCCAGUGACUGAGCCACCGGUCCCAACAGAGCCUAUCACUAGCUCUGAUCCUUCGACAGCUUCAGACCCUGGAGCUGCUGAACAACAGCAAAGAUCGGACCAGAAGCCAGAACCUGAACCAGAGCAGGGUAGCCACUGGUUUGACCUUAACGACUCGACGGUGACCUCCAUCAGGGAGUCUGACAUAGAGAAGCAGUUCCAGGGCAAAGAGAGCGCCUACAUGCUGUUCUACAGGAAAACACAGCUGCAGAGGCCCAGUGAAGCUCUGAACAAUCCACAAUAUAAAGUUCCCUUCCAUCUUGUCCAGAAGGCUCAGGAGGAGAACAUCAAACUGCAGGAAAUGCGCGAGAAGUUUGAAGCCACCAACAACACAGUGGAGCUGCGUCUGCACCUGGCCCCCUGUUACAGACUAGACAAUGGAGCCCUGCAACCAGCCGACAAAGAACCCAACGGAGGCACCACCCUCAGCUUUGAUCGUAGACAGACUGUAGGAGAUCUGCGAUUAUCUAUUUACCAGAUGCAGGAACUCUGGGAAGGAGACAUGGCUUUGACUGUGGCCAAAAGUCUUCCAGCAGGUUUACACCUCUACAAUACUCUUACAGAUGACAACGUCUCCCUGUACAGUGCAGGCAUUUGCACAAACUCUGACUUGUUUGUGUGGAACGGCAGAGAGGUGUGUGGCGCCGCGAUCCUAACUGGAGCUGAGUGGGAGCCUGUCCUGCUGACUGUAGUCCGUCCCUUUCUGGAUGAAGACGUGGAGCAGGAGGCGAGGGGUGGGGUGGAAUAUAAGGAGGGAGGAGGUUUUGAAAAUGGGGGACCGGGACUUAAGAGGGAGGCGAGAGGGUUCGCGGGUGGCGUGACACUCGGGGAGGUGAAGGAGGUUCUGGGGGAGCAUAAGGAGAGUCUGCUGUGCCAGGAGCAUAAGGGAGGAAAGAGAGGGGAAAAAGGAGCUGGAGAUGGAGGAGGGGCGAGCGGGUGGAGGGUGUUCCCACCCGACGACAUGCAGCGGACGCUGAAGGAGCUGUCACUCAAAGACGGAGACGCACUGUUGGUGCUGGAGCCACAGUCAUUUGACAGCAGUGUGUUUUCGCUAAAUGGAGAUGUUGUCACCGUGACUACACCGUCUGACUGCCGCUGGCUGCAGGUGGAGUUUCAACCUCAUGGAGGAGGAGGUGGAGGGGAUGUUGAGGAGAGGAGGAAAAUUAAGGUUCCAGCUACAGGAAAUAUGCUGCUGGGUGAGGUGAAACAAAGGGCCAUGGAGGAGCUGCAGCAGAAGGCCCCAGGUGCUCAGUUCUGUCUGAGACAGGUGGACUGCACGGGGAAACUCCUGCCUCCAGUGUGCGAGGAGCUGAGCGUUCGAGAUGCAGACGUGCGACUCAUGACCACACUGACUCUCUGUCCGGGAAAUGCCCCCAAGGCAUCACAGCUGUUUUUGAAUUACUCUGUGGGAGCAGCGCCCUCUACUGGCAUGGAGAUAAACAUAAUUGUGGAGGAAACUUCCACGGUCAAAGAGUGUCUAAAGUCAAUGCUGGAUGCUGUCGGACUCGAUGGAACCUGUUGGCACUUGAGGAGGCUUGAUUGGUGCGAAGAGGUUGGAGAGCCACUUAUGGACGAGGACGCCUCUCUGUCACAGCUGAAGAUCAGCAGCGGAGAUUCAUUCGUCGUCACAGAAGGACAACUUCCUCCCAAGGGUUUCCUCAAGUUAACCAUGUGGCUGUAUUUGGAUCCCCAAAAUGCAGAGACAAAUUUUAAACACACUGACAGUGUGAAGACUGGAGAUGAAACACAGAGUCCCCCUACUCCUCUGUGUGGCGGCAGCACAGUGAAGCUGAGCGGUGUAGGACAGGUGGAGAUAUCAGAUGAGGCCACACUGGAGGAUCUCAAGACUCAGGUGUUGACGCUGCCUGCUCUCCAGAACAUGUUUGUGCCCACCACAGCGUUCAUGCGUGUGUGGCAGCUGGAGGGAGGGAGGCUGGCACGGAUCCUCAGAGGACAACAACUAACGCUCAGGAAAUUGAAGCUGAGCAGUGGAACAGACUUUUGUGUGCAACAGCUCCUGAAAGAGGAAGAUCUUGGGCCCAAGGAGGUGUUACUAACUGUGAAGAUGGGCGUACCAGGGGAGAGGAGUUACUACCCCCCGGAGGAGCUGCUGUGGGAUGCCUCCCGUGAUUCUUCACCUCGCUCUCUGCGCACAUGUCUGGCUGCACAUCACGGCCUCUCCCCUGAUUCUCUGCUGCUGGCCAAACACCAGCCAGACAAGCACAACUGGGAAGAAAUAUCCAACUGGAACCAGCAGGUUUCCAAAAAGAAAAAGAAAAAGCGAACCGAAUCCCUGCUGGGAGCGCCGUUCCACCUCAAAGAUGGCGACACAAUCGGCAUCAAGAAUCUAUUAAUCGACAACAACAGGGACUUUGUCACGCUGGAGGACAAGCAGGGCCAGCAGAGGCUCCGGGAGCAGGCUGAGCAACGCAGGAAAGGAGAAAAAGCUGCAGGAUCUGAUGCCGCUGCACCCCAGAAGAAUUCUGGACAGACCAAAUCUAGGAAGCCAGAGGUGGCGCUGUCAAUCAAUGUUGGGGAAUUCAGAUAGCACCCGGCUCCUGUAGGUGCAUGGACGAAUCAGGACUACCUAUAACACUACAUGCACUCGCAUACACAGAGGCCACAUUGCAUUCAAGACAAUCCACUUUGAAGUCUUUGCCAUUUUUCUUUCUUCACAAAAUCAAACCAUUAAUUCCUUUCUGCGUCCCAAAGAGGAAAAAAUGUCAUCUUUGAUUUGCUGUUUUGUAAUAUUUGCAAUAUUUUAACACAUUGUUUUUUAUUUUGCUGACUUAUUUCUUCCUGCCUCUACAGACUAUAAAUACUCCAGCCACAUUUAUCACCUCUCACAAGGGUUGAUGCUGCAUCGGUCAACUGCUUAAUCACAACCUAAUACCAAUAAGUGUAUGAAUUGUCCAGUACAAGCCACUGCAGUAGAAAACUAGUAUGACGCUCAAUAGAGUGAAUAACUUUGUCAAGGGCCCAAUCUGAAGUCCCAAAAUUCCUGUAUCGAGAUCCACGCAAUAAUGUAUCACUGUUUUGUGGCUUUAAAAAAAAGCCGAUGCUACCCCAUUAAACUUUUAACUUGGAUCGGCCCCAAAUUGCAAGCACUUGGAUUCAGGCCCCUAAAUGUGCCUGAUUCUUUCCAUCAAGAUCUAUGAAUUAUUCCUAGUUUUCAAUUGAAAAACUGCCAUCUCUUGCAACGAUGAUGAAAGAGGGAAGUAAAUCCUGGAUCCACGGCAACAUUCAAUGGGUUCUUUCUUGGCCCGUUUUCUUUUUUACGUGAUCCUGUUGACAAACAACCAAACGGGGGUGAAAACGUAACCUCACUCACUUAUGUUCUUUUACAAGUUUUACAACAAGUGACUCACAUUUUUUUUUUAUAACAAACCUCUCGCAAUGCAUCAUGAACACAAUCCUGUAUCAUGGGCUUUACAGACGGGCUUAUUUUCGGUUGAUAAGGGAGAGGAGAGACGGGCCUUAACAUGGAGACGCCUCAGCGCUGCUCCUUCCUCCCUACCUCACUCUCUACCUCUCUCACUCUACCUCCGCUGCCCUCUUCUAUUACAGUAAGCUACAGUUAAAGUAUUUACACAGCAACAAUGUCUUUAAUGUAUAAAUCUGUGUAUUUUACAUUUCAGGUGUUCACUGACAGCAGCUGCAGGGUUGUUUACGUCUCAUCAUAUUCUGUAAAUGGGAAAAUAACUUAAUUAUCCUUUGUUGGACAUUAUUCACCUUUGACGAAGCUGGAAAUUUAAGAAGAAAAGCGUCUUCAGUUUCAACUAAUUGUGUCUUUUCACAUUUUAAAAGGAAACACAGGAAACACUGUGUGGAGCAAAAGCUUUGUGUUAUAAAAACAGUUAUAAUGACAGAUGAAAAAAGUAAAGCUCUUUUAUUUACUUAACGAGUUUUCUUUGAGGACAAUGUAAUGUUUCAUUUGCAUGCACUAUAUGUGGACUUCAGGGAAGUAACAAUAAGUUAUCUGACAUAAGUGACACAAUACUUGUAUUAUUGUAUCAAUUGAAUUGUGACAUGUUUUUUUUGAGGAGGAUUUGAUUUGAUAUGUAACCUCAUGUAUUAAUUUGGCCUUAAUCAGUGCCAAGAAUUUUCUAAUAACAAUUUUCUUUUGGUUGAUUGAAGCAGACAAGUAAAAUAUACAACAUACUCCGCAAUGGUGAAUUUAUUUUGAUCAUUUAUCAUUUACUAGUGUUGUGGAUCACAUUGCUGUUAUCGCUCUGCUGAAGUAUGACAGUGGGAAUCUGUUUGUGUCUGGUGAAAGUAUUUUAUCAACAAUAAAGGUUUACAGUGUAA